AGACCAGUGGACGACAGUUUAAGGAUAACUGUUGAAAACAAUGAUUAUUAUCGCAGGACUCAUACUUCACCCUCUAGAGAUCGGUUUAGACACGAAGAAGAACUUCGAGAACGUCAUUCAGUCGCAAAAAAAACGAUUCUAAUGAACUUACAUAAAUCUGCAAUACAGCAAAUUUGUCUACCAGAUUGAAGAAUAUCCAAUGAAGCAAAUUAUUUAUUUUAUUUCUAGAGAACGUAGAUUCUUUUUGUCAACUAACAAAAAUUUAGAUUAGAUAUUAGGAGACAUCAGUACAGAUAUAUCAAUAAUUAAUCAAUUGUAGUGGAGUAAGGAUAAAAAGAAAUAAGCUAAAUAAAUAGUAUAUAAGUGAAAUUAUCAGCUCUAGCUAAAUGCCGGGAGGGAGAAAUAAAAUAUGUACCUAUGUGUCAUCCCAUUGUGGUGGUGAAUGAGUUAGCUAUCAUAAAAUGCGAAGAACAGGUAUUACUCCAGAAAUUUGUAAAUGUGCACAGCUGUUAUGAAGAGUAAGUGUACUUGAGGAAAAUUCACUCUUAUUUUCGAUCACAUAGUAUGCCUUUCUAAGUUAUGUUAUAACACUAAUAAACGACUUGAAUUGUUUAUACAUGAAUGUCGAAGGGAGCAUCAUUUUUCACCAAUGCAUGAUCAUCAUCGUCAGUCGUACAGAAGAGAUCGUGAAGACCAUAUCAGAGACGCAUGGCCUGCUGUGCAACAUGACCGCCGUGAAUUCGAUAAGAGAUCUCCGAGACAAUCACCCAGCCGAUAUUCUUCUUGGCGAAGAAAUUCAAGAGAUCGAUCACCACCACGUGUCCAAUCUCCAAUCCCUCCACAUGUUUCUUCUAGAAGUCCUGCGUUGCCCCCUGGUGUGCCCACCAAAGGACGAAAUCUUUUCUAUCGCUCGAGAUCUAGAUCUUCCAGCCCUAGGAGACGUAAAUCUCGGUCAAGGUCAUUAUCACGAGGUCGUAGUCGUUACAGAAGUAGCAGAUCACCGAGACGACAUUCGCCACCACAUCAUUCAGGCAGACGAUCAUCAAGUUAUGGAUCAAGAAAGCGAUUCAAACAUAGAUCAUCUUCCUCAUCAAGUUCAAGCUCUCGUAGUCAUUCCAGAAGUUUAUCGAAAAGUAAUACAAACAGGGAUUUCAAUCCGCUUCACCUAAAGGCGGAAGACAAUUCUGAGGAAGAAAACAGCAACAAUGCGGGAUAUCUUCAUCCUGUUCUGAAUAGAGGUCCGAAAGAAGAGAAACGCUCUUAUCCACUUGUUGCCAGUCAACCCACUGCCACCGUUGUAACCAAUUCUUCAACUAACAUUGCAAGCUUAGCCGCCUUGAGUCAAGCUUAUGGAAAUAGUCCUCCUAAGCAAUCAUAUACCCAGCAAGAUAUUGAUGACGAAGAUAGGUUCCUAUAUGGUGAAUCACUGGGCUAUACAGCAGAAGAAGUAAAAGCUAUCAAGCCCCCUGUCCCUACUGCGGUGCAGGAAAAGAAACCUGAGCCUGUGCAAGUACCCAAUGAACCAAAAAUACCAACAAAAAUGACUCCUGGUGGAUUUGAUUCAAACGCAUUGAAAAACGUUUUAAAAGCUAUUGGAUUCAACUUCGAAAUGUCAGCUCAGCAAAGUCAGACUGCCCAAUCCACACAUGUACCAGAUUUAACAACUCCAACGCCAGAUCCUCAACCUAUAAAGCCAGUUCAGCAUAGAAUUGAGAAACCACAACAAAUUCAAACAAUUCAAGGAGGUCAAGUGGCAAGACCAAGGCUUGCUCCUCAACCAGUUCAAACUGCUCAGCAAUAUUAUCAACCAUAUGAUCCGUACAAUCAGGCAGCCAGCAUUCCGUAUGCACCUGCUGUAGCACCAACUAUACAACCUUCAAUAAACACUAGUCUUGGAUAUCCAAUACAUGUCCAAGGUCCGCUUAAUCCAGAUGGAAGCGUUUUAGUUUAUCAACCAGUGAGCAGUGUUGCUCAAUCUCCACAAGCACUAUAUCAGCCACAUCAGCAAAUAGUUCCUCCUCAAACAAGCGGUCGUGUUGUUCUGCCACCCCAUCGACCUGACACUCCAGCGAAAAAAACUGACGAUGCUCGACAAGAAAGAUUAAAAUAUCUUAAACUUGAGUUAGAAAAAUUAAAGAAACAACAAAAUGAGUUAUUGCGAAAAAAGCGACGAGAAAAAGAUGGUCAUAAAGAUCCUCUCAUCAAAAAGAACAAUUUAUUACAGGCUGGUGUAGAAGAACAGAUUAAAGAAAUACGCCAGGCAGCUGAAAAGGCUGCUGGUAUCGCAUCUGCUACAGAAAGUAGUGAGGAUGAAGCAACGCAGGAAGAUAAAGAAGACAAAUAUGAUUAUUUUGACCCUGGAAACCAUUUGUGCAAGAUAUGUGAUACAGUUUCUGCAGAUCUAGCGGAGUUUUUAACUCAUCUUCACAGCAAAUCUCAUAGAAAGUCAAUUGAUCCAUAUGAUAGACCAUGGAAUGAUGACGAUCAACCUAAAAAGAAGAAAGCUGAUGACUGUGUUACCAAGGCUUUAAAAGGAUCAGAAUUCUUGAUUCCGGUCACUGGAUAUUUCUGCACUUUAUGUCAAACGUUUUCAGGAGAUCAAAUAUGUGCUGAGGAGCAUUGUAAAAGUUAUUUGCACAACACAAUAUAUAAGAAACAUUGUAAAAAGCAUCAUUCAUAUGAAAAGAAGUUCAAAAAGAAGAAAAAGGCUGUGAUACAGGCCAUGGAAAAUGGAAAUAAAAAUAUGAAGGAAAAAAAUAUCAACACUCAAGUCAAAUAUGUGGACAAGCCUGCAAAAGCGAAGGAUGAACAGAAGCAUGUGUUAAAAGAAUCAAAACCGAUAUUGAAGGAAUCAAAAUACUCUGAUCGAGUGGAGAGAGUUUUAAAAUACAUAGAAAAUGAUGGCACUGCACAGGAUAAGGGAGAUAAGGCUUCACACAAAAAAGAAAAGAAGCAUAAAGAUGUAAAAAGGGAACACUCUCAGCACAGAUAUGAGGAGCCUGAAAGGCAACACCACCGUGAUUCUGAAAGACGAAGCUAUGACAGAUCAUCAUUCGGAGAUGGAGACAAGGAGAAACCUAAAUCAUAUAGACAAGAAGAAAAGGAUGAGAAAAGACAUUAUAGAGAGGAUAGAAAAGAUGAAAGGAAACUGCCUCGAAAAUAUUCAGAUGAAUUUCGUGAGAGAUCAGCAGACCACACAAGACCUAGAAAAAAUCGCUGGUCUCCGGGUUAUGAUGAAUAUGAUAGACAGCAAGACGAUAGAUAUGAAGUCAGACAUGAUAAACGUCGCGUUGAAACAAGACGUAGCCAUCGCUCGCGUAGUCGCAGUCAUGAAAACAAAUGGGUUGAAAAAUCUCCACAGAUUAUUCCAAAGAAAGAAGAGAAUGAAAAUAACAGUAAGCCAGUUGUUACUUCAUCCAGCUCUAAAAUUCCAACACCCGGUUUUGGCAAGUUCUCAUGGGGUUCUGGUUCAAAAGCAGAAACAGUCAAACAGUUCGAUCAAGUGCCUGUGGAUAAUCCUGUUCUACCGAAUGAAGCUCAUGACCAUAAUAGGAAUGGAGACCUCGCUGGAAAAGGUAAAAUUGCCAUCAAAAUAACUGGAAAGAGUCAAAUAUAUCCUCCACGACUUUCUGUUCCUACAAGCGUUUCAAAAUCAGACUCAAUAUUUCAACCAGAGUCCGAUAAAGCCAUACAAGACAAAAAAACAGCAGAGCUGCAGAAAAAGGUCGAAGCGUUGAAGAGAGAAAAUGCGCUUCGAAAUCACUUAUCAUCUAUAACUUUACCAGCUGGACGUAGUGCCAGGCAAUUUCAACCUAAACCCAAUACAGCAGCUGUUAUCCUGGGUACUCGUGCAAUUAGCAAAACUAACAACUUACCAUUUGGUAGAAAUAAAGAUUCAGCUGUCAUUAAGGACAAUACAAACGAAUUUAUUCCGGUCCCUCCAGUCACUGCACCACUUUUUGUUCCUGCAAGAUUUACAAGAUCAAUGGCAAAAAAAGAUGAACCAUUUCCACCCAGUGGAUGCAAGUUCAAGCCUAUGAUUCCUCGUGAACCAACACACGAGCCACCUCCACCUGGAAUGGCUGAACCUCUUCCUCCUGGAGAAGAUGUAAUUACAAUGGGAGAUGCAGAUGACGGAGCAAACUCAGAUGCGAGUGGAAUAAGUAUGGAAAUAGCCAGCGAUGAGGACUAACAUUUGUCAAUUUGCAUUCACAGUCACACUGUCUCUAGUUUUUUGAAAUCGUGUUCAAAAUUAAUUUUUACUUUGAUUGUGAUAAAAGUUCAUGGUUUGUGAGAA